GUGAUGAUAAUUUGAUGAAAGAGAUAAUUAUUGAUAUUUUUUUUAAUGAAUAGAGGAGUCAUAAUUUUUUAUUUUUUCUUUUUUUAUCAGUAAAAAAAAUUGAACUCACAUAUUUUCACUAGUUUAAACAAAUUUGUGACCAACUUCACUAAUAAUUCAAUUUUGAAAAGUAAAUAAAAUUUGUUAAAAAGCGGAAACCAUUCUCCUACACGAGAGAGAAGCGAGCGAAAAGAUGAAUUUACGAAAUCUAUAAAUUCCUGAACCGAGCUAAAUGGAAAAUGUUUAUAUCGAUUUGGUUCUGUUUCAUUUCCGAUCAUAACUAUAAGCUUUGCUGCCAGUUUCCGUGAUCAGUGUCAGUUGCACCGUGCUCAUAGAUCCAGCGCCAGCAGUCCAAAGAUAUGCAAGGGUUGAUUCUAGGCCUGUGGGAAUUUUGGCCUUCACAGGCUUUUUGAUUUUGCAAGCUUUCUCAACAAUGACCGGAUAAAGCCAGGGGAUUCAAUUUGACACAGGAAGCACUCCCUCAUCUCAAAGAUCAAGUGAAAAGAUGGUUGUCCUCGCUGCAUCCAUUGUGAGCAAAUCCGGAAAAGUGCUAGUUUCUAGACAGUUUGUGGACAUGUCUCGUAUCAGAAUUGAGGGUCUUCUAGCAGCAUUUCCCAAGUUGGUAGGCACCGGAAAGCAGCACACAUUUUUUGAGACGGAGAAUGUACGCUAUGUUUACCAGCCAAUAGAAGCACUCCAUCUACUUAUUAUAACAAACAAAAGUAGCAACAUACUGGAAGAUUUGGCAACUCUGAGACUCCUCUCCAGACUUGUGCCUGAAUAUUCUUACUCCCUCGAUGAAGAGGGUAUUUGCGAACAUGCAUUUGAGUUGAUUUUUGCAUUUGAUGAAGUCAUCUCUCUUGGGCACAAGGAAAAUGUGACUGUUGCACAAGUUAAGAACUACUGUGAGAUGGAGAGUCAUGAAGAGAAACUACACAAACUUGUUAUGCAGAGCAAAAUCAAUGAAACUAAGGAUGUUAUGAAGCGGAAAGCUAGUGAGAUUGAUAAAAGCAAGGUUGAAAAGAACAAAGGGGAUAAAGGGGGAUUUGGUCCCUUACAGUCACUAGGCUCUGGAAAAAUUGAAAAUAGCCUUAGUGAUUUGAGCAUAUCUAGCAGCGGAACUGCUUUUGGAAGUGGCUCUGGUCUCGGAUUUGGUUCUGAUGUUGAUUCCUUUCCUACCAAGUCUAAAGGUCGUCCUACAUCAUCUGCUACUGCUCCACCAAAAGGUCUUGGAAUGAAGCUUGGUAAAUCCCAAAAGGCAAAUCAGUUCUUGGAAUCAUUGAAAGCAGAAGGUGAGGUCUUUCUUGAAGAAGUUCAGCCAAAACUUGGCCUGUCUCAGGCAGCUGCCCCACCACCUACGGAUCCCAUCACUUUAACUGUUGAAGAGAAACUAAAUGCGACACUAAAACGAGACGGUGGAAUCGGUAAUUUUGAUGUUCAAGGCACAAUGUCCCUCCAAAUUCUCAGCAAAGAGGAUGGACAUAUUCAAGUUCAGGUCCAGACUGGUGAGAAUCAAGCCAUCAUUUUCAAGACACACCCCAACAUGAAUAAAGAAUUAUUUGCCAAUGAAAAUAUACUAGGCCUAAAGGAUCCCAAUAGACCUUUCCCCACUGGUCAAACUGGUGGUUCUGAAGGUGUCGGUCUCUUAAAGUGGAGAAUGCAAAGCACUGAUGAAUCAAUGGUACCGCUGACAAUCAACUGCUGGCCUACUACUUCUGGAAACAAUACUUCUGUCAGCAUCGAGUAUGAGGCUUCUUCAAUGUUUGAUUUGCAGAAUGUUUUGAUUUCAGUACCUCUUCCAUCUAUUCGGGAAGCACCAUCUGUUAAUCAGAUUGAUGGGGAAUGGAGGUAUGACUCCAGGAAUUCCCUUUUAGAGUGGUCUAUCCUUCUGAUUGAUAAUUCAAACCGCAGUGGGUCAAUGGAAUUUGUUGUUCCGCAAGCUGAUCCAUCAGCAUUCUUCCCCAUUUACAUUCAUUUUAAGGCAACAGAAACAUUUAGCAAACUGAAGGUCACCAACACCAUACCGCUAAAGGGUGGUAAUCCUCCUAAAUUUUUUCAGCGGACACAGUUGGUCACAGAAAACUACCUCGUUGAGUGAUUCAUUUUCUCCUUCUCGAGGCUUAGCCAUGACAGGUUGGCUUUUACCAAUGCGAUUCUUUUACCAAAGGGUUUUCCUUUACCACGUUGCAUCAUUUAUUAAAUUCGAGUCAUAAUUUAUUUCACAAGCGCAGUCCAAAGUAAGAAAUUUCACAAUGUGAAACUUAAAAAUCUCUUUUUACUUCUUAGCUUCUAUAUUUUAUACGGUGAGAUGCCAUUCCCAUCUCUCUGUCCUCUGAAUUUGAGAAUGGAAUAAAUAUGUUACAUGUGGGUUA